UUUCACACACAGAGCACAGGCUGAGACCACACCACACCUUUGCAGGUUGAAGGGUGUAGAUUAUUAGGGCUCAAAAUGAACCUAAAAGUAUACACUACAUAAUAGCACAUUCAUAAGUAACCGUAUGCACGGAUAUUAUGGCGGGAGGUGCCAUGGAAAAGCCAUGGCCAGAGAGAGGGAAGAUGUGCAAAAAAAUAAUAAUUUGAAGGCAUUCCUCAGCUUUGGCUCCCUCAUCUUUUGUACCUCACUUAUGCAAGACGCAACAACAGCUAUUGUAAAAGAAAAGCGUUUAGCAGAGAAGAAAACUGAAAAAGGGGGCAGAGCAGCAGGAUGAGGAGGACAUUUGACAGAUAAAAAGAGGGAGCUCUGCAGCAGGAUCCCCACCGUGCUGAACACAGGACUGCGUGACUGGUCUGUGCAAGCAGAGAGAGGAGAGAGGAGAGAAGGGAGAAAGGUAGGAAAGAAAGCAGGGGGAGGGGAGGCAAUUCAGCGCAGUGAAAGCUGACUGGAUGAGUAGCAGCCGCGGCACAGGCAGCAGCAUCAGCACCACUAGCUGUAGCAUCUUUCUUUGUGGCUGCUGGAGGCUGUCCUGUGGCUGCAUCAACAUCAUCCAUUUACAAACACGUAUAUCUGGACACAGACGUCCUCACGGCUUGCUGCCUUACACACACCAAUAUCGUGGUGGCCACCAGAGAAGAGGUAGUAUGUGACGGGGUUUGGGGGACAGAGGGACACAGGAAGAGGAAACAGGGACGAGUGGUGGUCGUGCAAACGGGAGGAGGGCUGGAGCGACGCCGACUAGAACAGCAGCAACAGCAGCAGCAGUAGCAGCAGUAGCAGCGGCACCAUGGCACAAGCCGCCAAGCAACUCCGUAAGACCAAGGACCUCGCAGAGGCUGCCGCCCAGGAGCAGAGGGAGAAGGAGGAGGAAAAGAUCAAAAAGAGGAAUCGGUCCAGGGACCGCAGGCGCAAGGCCGAUGCAGCCACCAGCUUUCUGCGUGCAGCUCGCUCAGGGAACCUGGACAAGGCUCUGGAUCACUUAAAAAACGGACUCAACAUUAACACAUCUAAUCAAAAUGGUCUCAACGGGUUACACCUGGCUUCUAAAGAAGGGCACGUCAAAAUGGUCCUGGAGCUACUGCACUCUGGCAUUGAACUGGAAGCCACCACCAAGAAAGGCAACACAGCUCUCCAUAUCGCAGCGCUGGCAGGGCAGGAGAAAGUGGUGGCUGAGCUUGUCAACUAUGGUGCCAACGUUAAUGCCCAGUCACAUAAAGGGUUCAGUCCUCUCUACAUGGCAGCCCAGGAGAAUCACUUAGAGGUGGUCAAGUUCCUGCUCGAGAACGGUGCCAAUCAGAGUCUCCCAACUGAGGAUGGCUUCACUCCACUGGCAGUAGCCCUCCAGCAGGGCCAUGAAAAUGUUGUGGCACUGCUCAUCAACUAUGGCACCAAGGGCAAGGUCCGCCUCCCUGCACUGCACAUCGCCGCACGAAACGACGACACACGCACCGCCGCAGUGCUGCUACAGAACGACCCCAACGCUGAUGUUCUCAGCAAGACUGGUUUCACACCUCUCCAUAUUGCAGCCCACUAUGAGAAUAUGAGCGUAGCCCAGCUGCUACUGAACAGAGGAGCCAAUGUAAACUUCACCCCCAAGAAUGGCAUCACACCCCUUCAUAUAGCCUCCAGGAGGGGCAAUGUGAUGAUGGUCAGACUACUGCUAGACAGAGGAGCACAGAUUGAUGCCACAACUAAGGACGAGCUGACUCCUCUCCACUGUGCAGCCAGGAAUGGUCAUGUUCGCAUCAUUGAGCUUCUGUUGGAACACGGUGCUCCCAUCCAGGCUAAAACCAAGAAUGGUCUGUCCCCCAUCCACAUGGCAGCUCAGGGGGAUCACAUGGACUGUGUCAGGCAGCUACUGCAGUACAAUGCUGAGAUUGAUGAUAUCACGCUGGACCAUUUAACCCCUCUUCAUGUAGCAGCCCACUGUGGUCAUCAUCGGAUGGCCAAAGUCCUACUAGACAAGGGGGCCAAAGCCAAUGCAAGAGCUCUGAAUGGCUUCACACCUCUCCAUAUCGCCUGCAAGAAGAACCACAUGCGGUCCAUGGACCUGCUGCUUAAGCACUCUGCUUCCCUGGAAGCUGUUACAGAGUCUGGUCUCACUCCUCUUCAUGUAGCUGCAUUCAUGGGCCAUCUGAACAUAGUGAAGAACCUGCUCCAGAGAGGGGCUUCACCUAAUGCUUCCAAUGUGAAAGUGGAGACUCCCCUCCACAUGGCCUCCAGAGCAGGACACUGUGAAGUUGCUCAGUUCCUGCUGCAGAACGCAGCACAAGUGGACGCCAGGGCUAAGGAUGACCAGACACCACUACACUGUGCGGCCCGCAUGGGCCACAAGGAGCUUGUCAAGACACUCCUUGAGCACAAGGCCAGCCCUGACUCGGCUACAACUGCGGGUCACACACCGUUACACAUAUCUGCACGUGAAGGACAUGUCCACACUAUUCGAAUCUUAUUGGAUGCUGGGGCACAGCAGAUCAAGAUGACAAAGAAAGGCUUCACUCCCCUCCAUGUGGCCUCUAAAUAUGGGAAGGUGGACGUGGCUGAGCUCCUUCUGGAGAGAGGGGCCAAUCCUAAUGCAGCUGGGAAGAACGGUCUGACACCCCUUCAUGUGGCUGUCCAUCACAACAACCUGGAUGUUGUUAGACUCCUGGUCAGCAAGGGAGGAUCUGCACACAGCACUGCCCGAAACGGAUACACAGCCCUGCACAUAGCGGCCAAGCAGAACCAAAUAGAGGUGGCCAGUUGUCUGCUGCAGAAUGGGGCAACACCCAAUUCCGAGUCCCUCCAAGGCAUCACGCCCCUACACCUGGCUUCUCAGGAGGGGCGGCCCGACAUGGUGGCCCUGCUCAUCUCCAAACAGGCCAACGUUAAUCUGGGAAACAAGAAUGGGUUGACCCCUAUGCAUCUUGUGGCUCAGGAAGGUCAUGUGGGAAUUGCUGACACGUUGGUCAAACAGGGAGCUUCCGUUUACGCUGCUUCACGGAUGGGCUACACACCCCUUCAUGUGGCCUGUCACUAUGGAAACAUCAAGAUGGUGAAGUUCCUCCUGCAGCAGCAGGCUCAUGUGAAUAGCAAGACAAGGAUUGGCUACACCCCUCUGCACCAGGCAGCUCAGCAGGGCCAUACUGAUAUUGUCACCCUGUUGUUAAAACACGGAGCCCAGCCCAAUGAGAUUACUUCAAAUGGGACCUCUCCCCUGGGUAUUGCUAAGCGGCUGGGUUACAUCUCUGUCAUUGAUGUGCUCAAACUGGUUACCGAGGAGUCCGUCUCCGCAAUUACUACAGAGAAGCACCGGAUGAGUUUCCCUGAGACAGUAGAUGAGAUUUUGGAUGUUUCAGAGGAUGAAGGAGACGAGUUGCUCGGGAUGGACGGGGCACGCUAUUUGAAGCUUGAUGACUUCAAGGACCAGGACGAUGACUUCCUCUCCCCAAAGAAAACCCUUAGAGACUUUGAGGGUGGCAUGGGUACCACGCCAUAUUCUCCUGCCAUUCCCAGGAUCCCUUGUGUGUCCCCAGAGACUGUACUGUUGGAUCAGCACACCCCUAUCCCCCUGCCAAAGGAGUAUGAUGAAGACUCUCUUAUCCCGAGCAGCCCGGCUACGGAGACUUCAGACAACGUUAGCCCUGUGGCCAGCCCUAUUCACACUGGCUUCCUGGUGAGUUUUAUGGUGGAUGCCCGAGGCGGCUCCAUGCGAGGCAGCAGACACCACGGCCUGCGAGUUAUCAUUCCUCCUCGAACCUGCACCGCACCAACACGCAUUACCUGCCGUCUGGUCAAACCUCAGAAACUGACCACACCUCCUCCGCUGGUGGAGGGGGAGGGGCUUGCUAGCCGUAUCAUCUCCCUAGGGCCAUCAAGUAUGCAGUUCCUUGGGCCAGUAAUAGUGGAAAUCCCCCACUUUGCCUCACUGGGCCGAGGGGACCGAGAGCUUGUGGUCCUCCGCAGCGAAAAUGGCUCAGUGUGGAAGGAACAUCGUAAUCGCUAUGGUGACGAAGUGCUGGAAACUAUUCUGAAUGGCAUGGAUGAAGACUUGGAGAGUCAAGAUGAGCUGGAGAAGAAGAGAAUCCGUCGGAUCAUCUCCACUGACUUCCCCCUCUACUUCGCUGUGGUCUCCCGCAUUCAGCAGGAGAGCGAUCUGAUCGGUCCAGAGGGCGGCCGGUUGAACACUAAGCUGGUGCCCCAUGUCGAGGCCAUCUUCCCUGAGACAGCAGUCACCAAGAGAGUUAGACUGGGGCUGCAGGCGCAGCCAAUCCCUGAUGAACUGCUGACUCGGCAUCUUGGCAACCAAGCAACCUUCAGCCCAGUGGUUACCAUCGAACCACGCCGACGCAAAUUUCACCGUCCAAUCGGGUUGCGCAUCCCUUUGCCACCAUCCUGGCGGGAGAGUCCUCGGGAUGCUGGGGAGGGGGACACCACCAGCUUGCGCCUCCUCUGCAGUGUCAUUGGUGGCACUGCACCAGCCCAGUGGGAGGACAUCACCGGAACCACCAAGCUAAUGUACGCCCACAACUGUGCCAACUUCACCACCAAUGUUUCUGCGAGAUUCUGGCUGACAGACUGUCCACGCACGGCAGAGGCGGUGACCUUUGCCAAUCUGCUGUACCGCGAGCUGAUGUCUGUUCCAUAUAUGGCCAAGUUUGUUAUUUUUGCUAAGAUGAAUGAAGCACGUGAGGGACGCUUGCGUUGUUACUGCAUGACAGAUGACAAGAUGGACAAAACACUGGAGCUGCAUGAAAACUUCACCGAAGUGGCCCGCAGUCGUGACAUUGAGCUGAUGGAGGGCAUGCCGCUGCACUUGGAGUGUUCUGGAAACCUCGUGCCCAUCAGGAAGGCCACCCAGCAGCCUCGCAGCUUCAGUUUCCAGGCCUUCAGAGAUAACCGGCUGCCUGUCUCUGUCAAGGUCAGAGAUAGCAACAAGGAGGCCGCUGGGUUUUUGUCCUUUCUGCGGAAGUGCACCAAGUAUGAGGACACACAGCACGUACUGUGUAACCUGAACAUAACCAUGCCACCCUGUGUCAAGGUUGUUGGAAGUGAGGAGCGCAGGCGAACCUUAACCCCCCUCGCCCUGAGGGAGCGCUACAGUGCACUGAACGAGCCUGGUGCGGCCACAGUCAAUGCCAUGGAAAGAACUGAGAUCAAGAUCAACAUCAUAUCUGAACAGCUGGGUUUGAGCUGGGCAGAGUUGGCACGGGAGCUUCAGUUUAGUGUGGACGACAUCAACAGGAUCCGUGUGGAGAAUCCCAACUCCCUGCUGGACCAAAGCUCUGCCCUGCUCAACCUGUGGGCCAGCAGAGAAGGCAAAAGAGCCAAGAUGGAGAGCUUGUACAUGGCUCUGAAAAACAUUGACCGUGCAGACAUUGUAACAUCUCUAGAGGGUCAGGCUCCACAGCCAAUCCCCGGUUAUCCAGAGGAGGGUGCCUGUCGACUAGUCAGCCGCGACUCCACCCUGCUGUCCCCCAGUGUCCUCAAUGGUUAUGGGCUGGUGCAGGAUGAGCUGCUGUCCCCGGCCUCCAUGCAGUACAGUUUGCCCUCCCCGCUGGGCGCAGAGCCCUACUGGCAGGAAGUCUCCAGCCUUGAGUGUGCCCCCAUUGCCACCACCGAGGAAGACACAUUAAUGGAGAUGUCGGACGUUCAGGUGUGGCCAGCAGGGGUCAGCCCCUCGUUGGUCACAGUGGAGGACUCGUCGCUAGAGGGCAGCAGUCGGGCUGACGACUCCGAGGGCGCCACGCUCUCCCUUCCCUGCAGUUUGGGUCGCCCGGGCAGUACAGCCAGUGGGGCCAGUGGCUCCAUCAUGGAGCUGGAGGAGGAGGAGGAUGAGGAAGAAGGGGAGGUUGAGGAGGAGGAGGCGCCACAGGAGCCAGCAACUUUACUGGCAGAAUGGGACAGGGUGAGGGCCAGUGGCGCCGUUCCUAAGGUCAACCUAAACGGCCAGCUGGGAGGUCAGAGGUUGGAUGGGAGGAGAGGGGAGGUCCUCGCAGCAGGAGGAGGAACAAAAGGAGGAGGUGGAGGUGUAGGGUUGGGUUCAGUGGAAGGGAUUUCUGUUGUUGCAGGCCAGCAGGUGUAUGCCCAGCGGUGUGAGGUGUCGGGACUGAGUCGGGCUUCGGAGCACAACGGCGACAACCGGGUGGUGGGAGGCGGAGCAUUUCAACCCUACUUACCGGACAAGGACUCCCUGCAGGGCUGGGUGGGCUCGGUGUCAUCAGGACGUGACGGCAGAAUGCCAGGCUUGCGCGUGGCCCAGGAGGCUCUGCUGACUCCGAGAGAGGAGAAAGAGGACUAUGCUGCUGAGGCGCAGUUUGUUGAUGAACACGGACGCGUGCUUGCCAGAAAGGUGAGGGUGGAUGUGAAAAAGGGUGCUCAGUCAGCGCAGCGCACCAGUCUGUGGAGAGUUAAACACUGAAAUACACAUACUACCCAGUCCUCCAGGACCGGAAAGCCACUGCCAAAUCAUCCUCCACAAAAACACAACCAGACCGCAGAAGAAAAUGAGCAAGGGGAGAAGAGGAAGAGUAAGACAAAGACUAAGAAGUGCAAACUACAAAAUGACAAACACAGAAUCAUCCUCAAUGUGUGACCAUGGAUCACCACAAAUGAAAAGAGACAGUGGGAAAAAAAAGAGGAGUUCAAGUUGUAGUUUUAUAACAUUUGUAAAGAAAAAUAUCAACUAGACUAAGGCAUGAAUCUUCUUCUCUUUUUUUUACAAAAAAAACAUAAAUGUCAGUAAAACAACCAAGAAAAAACGUGCUUCCUGUGAACUGUAAUCGCAUGAUGACUGCUGGUGCAUGCCCUUUGACCUUUUGAACUGUCAUUAUCUACAAACUGAAGGGGUACAAGGUAGGGGCUGGCCCACGCUUGGGCCGCAGGCCAUUUUAAGGACCUUAUUCCCCCCAACUGGAAUUUUUUUUGUUUGCAAGUUGAGUCAAUAACACUACAGCCAAAAAAAAAAAAAAAAAGGUCCCGCAAUGGAUGGUUUCUGUAUACAGCUAAGCUUCUGCUGAGCCUACCCAUGCUUCUUUCACUGGACCCUUUCCCUUAUUAUUCUCAAUGUGAUAUAUGCACUCUAUGCUUCGUGGACAUGUGUCAGUGUGUGUAUGUGUGCGUAUGUGUGCGUGUAUUCUUCUCUGCCGCAUGUGUUUCUUGCCUCAGGCUUGGCGCUGAGCCCUGCCUUGUGAUUGGCUCUUUGGCCCCGGUGAUGUCACGGCGAGCUCAGUGCUGGAAUGAGAAAGCCGCUGUGUUCCCCUGCUCGUGAGUGUUCCUGUCUGCGUGUGCUGACGUCUUUUUCCUUUUGUGGAUGAAGCUUGUUUCGUGUUUUCGGUUUCUUCGGAAACCUAUGCGCCUGGGUUUGCAAGUAUUGUCUAACCAUGGUAGGGAACUGAAUCUCUUUCACCCCUCGUGUUUUCUUUGGAAAAAAGGGGGUUGGUUGCUCGAUUGUAUUGUGCAGCAGCUCCACAACACAAAGAUCAACGUUUUCCUUCUUCCGUCAUUUCUCCCAGUAGCGUGCGUCAUCUUGAUUCACAAUCUUUAUCAGUAGCCUCAGUCAAUAUGCAGUAAAAUCACAGGCCUCAUCAGCAUUAUAGCUCCUCCAUCUAAUGCUAAAACGUUGUGUGUGCUCCCCCUCUUUAUCUGUUUGCAACGGCUGUAGCACCUCACUGUCGUCAUUUGAAACAAAGCGAAUGGAAAAACAUGGAGGAUGAUUUGUGUGAGAAUGUAGUGAUUUGGAGGAUUCAAUGGUAGCCAAGUGUGAAAUAUAGCAUGAUGCUACUACAGUACAACAUGUGAUUGUGAUAGCAACUGUGCAGCAAGGACAAACAGGUAGCACUGUGAUUGUCUUAAUAACACCGACCCCAGACUCGUGAACUGUGAAGACACACAUACAAAAGCACACACACGCAUAUACACAUACAUAAUCAGAAAACACAUGAAAUAGUUAUUGCCUGGUUGGAGUGUUAUAUUUUGAAGUUUGCCACCGCAAUAAUACCUAACGAGAACACAGAAGAUGGAAGCCAGGGUUCUGUAUAGCUACGUGAAGGAUUUGGAACUGAAACUUGUAAAUUAACUCGUCAGUAAAGACAGAAACUCUGUCUGGAUGAAAAGCAGUCGAGUUUGGCAUUGGGCAGCCGUGCUUCUAUCUAACUGGUUGAAUGAGACGAGAGAGGAUGCAAGAUCAGAAGAUUGAGCUGUAGCAGGGAGGGACUGUGGAGGCCUGAGAGGGAUUGUUUGUUUUUCAGCACCGUAGCAAAAUAUCAAGCAGGAUAUGUUAACUUAAUACACCGAUACCUAUCAAGGAGUCUGCUGCUGCCACCUAAACCACCUAGCUCCAUUUUCUUUUUCUGAGUGAUGUAAGUUGUAACUUGUUAGUGUUUCACUAUUUUCAUACACUACACAUAUCACUGUAAACCACCCGUUGUUCUCUUCAUCUCUGAAGCACUUCCUUUAUGCAGAAACUUGACGGCAGCACUAUGAAGGGGUCAUAUCAUAGUAGCACACAUUUCCUAAAAAAUCAAAACACAAUAUUUAAGUACUGUAAAUGCUACUGUAGCCUGAAUGAGUGAGACACCGAAUGAAUGAAUGAAUACAUUAGUUACACAUCACACAAAUGCACAUAUUUUCCAUGUCCGUGCACAUGAGAGCCUCAUCCAAAAUAGCACAUGUUUAUUACAUAUCACAUGUUUUCAAAUGUUACUCCACUCAGGUUUUCAGUUCUGCUCUGUCAGAAUCAAAAUGUUCUCCUUUUUAAGUUCUGAGUCCUUCCUUUAAAGACAGGUGCGAGACACAAAGCGAGUGCUUCUGAAUAAGACUUU